AUGGAUCUGAUCCGAUUAGAAGACGCAAUCAAAAGAUUAGCACUUGAUGAUGAAAGCGAGAGUGAAUGUUUGACAUUAGAAGAAACUGUGUUAGUUAGAAGAUCAAGUGCCGCUAAUUCUGUAUCAAAUUCUCCUAGUUGGCUUCAUAUGAUCGAGACGGAAGCAGGACCAGUACAACAAUCGCAGCUACCGCUAAACGACGAAGGAUAUAAUGAUUUGUUCAAAAGUGAAGGAUAUGCAACAAAGUCAGACAAGUGCAGCUCUAAAAAGUCAUUAGACGAAGAUAAGGAGAAGACAGCAGAAAUCGAUAUUUUGAAUAUGUCAUCUGCUAACGAUCGUUAUACGGGUGCAGAAGAAAGAACAAAUGAGCAUGAACUUUUUUUAGACGACAUUACAGAUAACCUCAUAAAACACGUUCGACCUUACUUACAUGAGGGUAUGAUAUAA